UGUGACCACUUCAAUGAUGGGAAAAUUGUUGUAGUACUAUCGUGUUGUUUUUUAUUAGCUUCCCUGAUCUCUUAAAGAAGAAUGGGAAGAGCCCCGUGUUGCUCAAAGGUGGGUUUGCGUACAGGUCCAUGGAAUGCAAAAGAAGAUACUUUGCUAAUUAAUUAUAUUCGGGCACAUGGUGAAGGCCACUGGAGAGAUUUGCCUAAAAGAGCUGGAUUGCUUAGAUGUGGGAAAAGUUGCAGGUUAAGAUGGAUGAAUUAUCUGCGACCAGAAAUUAAGAGAGGAAACAUUUCUUCUGAUGAAGAAGACCUAAUUAUCAGGCUUCAUUCUCUCAUUGGUAAUCGUUGGUCUCUCAUUGCAAAAAGACUUCCAGGCCGAACUGACAAUGAGAUUAAAAACUAUUGGAAUUCCCAUCUUAGUAAGAGAGUGGAAACUAGUAAAGUAACUCAAACAAAAGCAGCAAGAGCGGUUAAGAAAAAGCAUCAGCCCACCAAUGGAAAGAAACAUAAGAGGAAUUACAAGGACAACAAGGACAAUACUACUUCAAACGAAGAAAUUACAACGACCAAAAUUUAUCUCCCCAAGGCAGUUAGGGUUUCCCCAUAUUCUUUAGGGUUUCACCAUACAAACCCAUAUGCAUGGUGGCCUGAUCUUUUGAAGGAAGAAGCCGAUAAUAAUUCUGAGGUGGGCGGUACUUGUAGCAAUGGAGAUCAGCUAGAACAUAGUCUUGAUAAUAGUGGAAGUGAUUUUUCAUUCUUGGAUUUUGAACCUAUUGAAGGUAACAUGCUAGAUGAAAUAAUUGGGGAAUAUCAGCAGCUUCUCAAUUUUGAUGAAAACGUCCAACUAGAAUCCUCAGAGGAUUCCCUUUCUGUUUAG